UUGAAGCAAUGGAUUCUCUUCCUUUCAUCACUCUUUUCUUCUUCCUUUCAUUUCUUCCUCUCUUAGCUUCUUCUACCUUACUCUUUCAGGGAUUCAACUGGGAAUCAAGUAGCAAAGGAGGAUGGUACAACUCUUUGAAGAACACAAUUCCUGACUUAGCUAAUGCCGGAAUUACACAUGUUUGGCUCCCUCCUCCUUCUCAAAGUGUUGGACCUCAAGGGUAUCUUCCUGGAAGGCUAUAUGAUCUUGAUGCAUCAAAAUAUGGAACAAAGGAUGAACUCAAGUCACUGAUUGCCGCUCUCAGCGAUAAAGGAAUCAAGUCUGUAGCUGAUAUAGUCAUCAACCAUAGAACAGCCGAGAGAAAAGAUGAUAGAGGAAUUACAUCUGCAAAGUUGACACAAGAAUAUGAUUACCAGUUUACAGUGAUUCAGGGUUAUGCAUAUAUUCUAACACAUCCUGGAACACCAUCAAUAUUCUAUGAUCAUUUCAUUGAUUGGGGUUUGAAGGAUGAGAUAACGAAAUUGGCUGCAAUAAGACAGAAGAAUGGGAUAAACAUGAAAAGCAGUGUGAACAUUCUAGCUGCUGAUGCAGAUGUUUAUGUAGCAAAGAUAGACAACAAGGUUAUUGUGAAGAUAGGACCAAAGAUGGACCUUGGUAAUCUUGUUCCAUCAAACUUCCAUGUUGUUGCUUCUGGUAAAGACUAUGCUGUUUGGAGUGAAUAAAUUGAAGACAAAUAAUAGUGUUUGGUGUUUAUUAUAAAUUAUGUGUAUCAUUUUAAUUCUUAACUCUAAGUACUUGUAUAAGAUAAUCAUGUGUGUUUAAGAAAAAAAAUCUUGUAUGAUGUAUGUUUUAUUUGUUCAAGAAUGUAAUAUUCACUAUGUUACUACUAGUUCUUACUGUAAAUGUCAA